AUGAUGAACGAAGAUGCAGCUCAGAAAAGCGACAGUGGAGAGAAGUUCAACGGCGGUAGUCAGAGAAGAAAAAAACCCAAAAAGUCUGACAGCAAUGCAAGCUUCCUCCGUGCUGCCAGAGCAGGCAACCUGGACAAAGUAGUGGAAUAUCUCAAGGGGGGCAUAGACAUCAACACCUGCAAUCAGAAUGGACUCAAUGCUCUCCACCUGGCUGCCAAGGAGGGUCACGUGGGCCUGGUUCAGGAGCUGCUGGGAAGAGGAUCCUCUGUGGAUUCUGCCACCAAGAAGGGAAACACGGCCCUUCACAUUGCGUCUUUGGCCGGACAAGCAGAAGUUGUCAAAGUCCUUGUCAAGGAAGGAGCCAAUAUUAACGCCCAGUCUCAGAAUGGCUUCACUCCUUUAUACAUGGCUGCCCAGGAGAACCACAUUGAUGUUGUAAAAUAUCUGCUUGAAAAUGGAGCUAAUCAGAGCACUGCUACUGAGGAUGGCUUCACGCCACUCGCGGUGGCGCUCCAGCAAGGACACAACCAGGCAGUGGCCAUCCUCUUAGAGAAUGAUACCAAAGGGAAAGUGAGGCUGCCAGCUCUGCAUAUUGCAGCUAGGAAAGAUGACACCAAAUCCGCUGCCCUCCUGCUGCAGAACGAUCACAACGCUGACGUACAAUCCAAGAUGAUGGUGAAUAGGACAACUGAGAGUGGUUUUACCCCUUUGCACAUUGCCGCCCACUACGGAAAUGUCAACGUGGCAACUCUUCUUCUAAAUCGGGGAGCUGCUGUGGACUUUACAGCUAGGAAUGGAAUCACUCCUCUGCAUGUGGCUUCCAAAAGGGGAAACACAAACAUGGUGAAGCUCUUACUGGAUCGUGGUGGUCAGAUCGAUGCCAAAACUAGGGAUGGUUUGACACCCCUUCACUGUGCUGCAAGGAGUGGGCAUGACCAAGUGGUAGAGCUUCUGCUGGAACGGGGUGCUCCCUUGCUGGCAAGGACUAAGAAUGGGCUGUCUCCACUUCACAUGGCUGCACAGGGGGACCACGUGGAAUGUGUGAAGCACCUGUUACAGCACAAGGCGCCUGUUGACGAUGUCACCCUAGACUACCUGACAGCCCUCCAUGUUGCUGCACACUGUGGCCACUACCGUGUGACCAAACUCCUUCUGGACAAGAGAGCCAAUCCAAACGCCAGAGCCCUGAAUGGUUUUACUCCACUGCACAUUGCCUGCAAGAAAAACCGCAUCAAAGUCAUGGAACUGCUGGUGAAAUAUGGGGCUUCAAUUCAAGCUAUAACAGAGUCUGGCCUCACACCAAUACAUGUGGCUGCCUUCAUGGGCCACUUGAACAUUGUCCUCCUUCUGCUGCAGAACGGAGCCUCUCCAGAUGUCACUAACAUUCGUGGGGAGACUGCAUUGCACAUGGCAGCCCGGGCAGGACAGGUUGAAGUGGUCCGAUGCCUACUGAGAAAUGGUGCCCUUGUCGAUGCCAGAGCCAGGGAGGAACAGACACCUUUGCACAUUGCCUCUCGCCUGGGUAAGACAGAAAUUGUCCAGCUGCUUCUACAACAUAUGGCUCAUCCAGAUGCAGCCACGACAAAUGGGUACACGCCCUUGCACAUCUCUGCCAGGGAAGGCCAGGUAGAUGUGGCAUCGGUCCUCCUGGAAGCAGGAGCAGCCCACUCCUUAGCUACCAAGAAGGGUUUUACUCCCCUACAUGUAGCAGCGAAGUAUGGAAGCCUGGAUGUGGCAAAACUUCUCUUGCAACGCAGAGCUGCCGCAGAUUCUGCAGGGAAGAAUGGCCUUACCCCGCUCCAUGUUGCUGCUCAUUAUGACAACCAGAAGGUGGCACUGCUGUUACUGGAGAAGGGUGCUUCCCCUCAUGCCACAGCCAAGAAUGGCUAUACUCCUUUACAUAUUGCUGCCAAGAAGAAUCAGAUGCAGAUAGCUUCCACACUCCUGAACUAUGGAGCAGAGACUAACAUUGUAACAAAACAAGGAGUAACCCCACUCCACCUGGCCUCACAGGAGGGGCACACGGAUAUGGUCACGUUACUUCUGGAUAAGGGAGCCAAUAUCCACAUGUCAACCAAGAGUGGACUCACGUCUUUACACCUUGCAGCCCAGGAAGACAAAGUGAAUGUUGCUGAAAUUCUUACUAAGCAUGGGGCUGACCAGGAUGCUCACACGAAGCUUGGUUACACUCCUUUAAUUGUGGCCUGUCACUAUGGAAAUGUGAAAAUGGUCAACUUUCUUCUGAAGCAGGGUGCAAAUGUCAAUGCAAAAACGAAGAAUGGCUACACGCCUCUGCACCAGGCCGCCCAGCAGGGCCACACGCACAUCAUCAACGUCCUGCUGCAGCACGGGGCCAAGCCCAACGCCACCACCGCGAAUGGCAACACCGCCUUGGCGAUUGCUAAGCGUCUGGGCUACAUCUCCGUGGUCGACACCCUGAAGGUUGUAACAGAGGAGGUCACCACCACCACCACGACCAUCACUGAAAAACACAAGCUAAAUGUUCCUGAGACAAUGACUGAGGUUCUUGAUGUUUCUGAUGAAGAAGGUGACGACACAAUGACAGGCGAUGGGGGAGAAUACCUUCGGCCCGAGGAUCUGAAAGAACUAGGUGAUGACUCGCUACCCAGCAGUCAGUUCCUGGAUGGCAUGAAUUACCUCCGGUACAGCUUGGAGGGAGCCCGCUCUGACAGCCUCCGAUCCUUCAGUUCCGACAGGUCUCACACCCUGAGCCAUGCCUCUUACCUGAGGGACAGUGCCAUGAUUGACGACACAGUUGUCAUCCCCAGUCACCAGGUGUCAACUCUAGCCAAGGAGGCAGAAAGGAAUUCUUACCGUCUCAGCUGGGGCACUGAGAACUUAGACAACGUGGCUCUUUCUUCCAGCCCUAUUCAUUCAGGUUUCCUGGUUAGUUUUAUGGUGGAUGCCCGAGGUGGUGCUAUGCGAGGAUGCAGACACAACGGGCUCCGUAUCAUUAUUCCACCUCGGAAAUGUACUGCCCCAACUCGAGUCACCUGCCGUCUGGUCAAACGCCAUAGACUGGCAACAAUGCCGCCAAUGGUGGAAGGAGAAGGCCUGGCCAGUCGCCUGAUUGAAGUUGGACCUUCUGGUGCUCAGUUCCUUGGUAAACUUCACCUGCCAACGGCUCCUCCCCCACUUAAUGAGGGAGAAAGUUUGGUCAGCCGCAUCCUUCAGCUGGGGCCUCCUGGAACCAAAUUCCUUGGGCCUGUGAUCGUGGAGAUCCCCCAUUUUGCUGCCCUUCGAGGAAAGGAGCGGGAACUGGUGGUCCUGCGCAGUGAGAACGGGGACAGCUGGAAAGAGCAUUACUGUGAAUACACUGAAGAUGAGUUGAAUGAAAUCCUUAAUGGCAUGGAUGAAGUGCUGGAUAGCCCAGAAGACCUAGAAAAGAAGCGAAUCUGCCGCAUCAUCACCCGUGACUUCCCACAGUACUUUGCGGUGGUAUCGCGCAUCAAACAGGACAGCAACCUGAUUGGCCCGGAGGGAGGCGUGCUGAGCAGCACCGUGGUGCCGCAGGUGCAGGCCGUCUUCCCAGAGGGGGCGCUGACCAAGAGGAUCCGUGUGGGCUUACAGGCUCAACCUAUGCACAGUGAGCUGGUUAAGAAGAUUCUAGGCAACAAAGCUACCUUCAGCCCUAUAGUCACUUUGGAACCUAGAAGAAGAAAAUUUCACAAGCCAAUUACCAUGACCAUUCCUGUCCCCAAAGCUUCAAGUGAUGUCAUGUUGAAUGGUUUUGGGGGAGAUGCACCAACCUUAAGAUUACUAUGCAGCAUAACAGGUGGAACCACUCCUGCACAAUGGGAAGAUAUUACAGGAACUACGCCCUUAACAUUUGUCAAUGAAUGUGUUUCCUUUACAACCAAUGUGUCUGCCAGGUUCUGGCUGAUAGAUUGUCGACAAAUCCAGGAAUCUGUUACCUUUGCAUCACAAGUGUAUAGGGAAAUUAUCUGUGUACCGUAUAUGGCCAAAUUUGUCGUGUUUGCCAAAUCACAUGACCCCAUUGAAGCCAGGUUGAGAUGUUUCUGCAUGACUGAUGAUAAAGUGGAUAAGACCCUAGAACAACAAGAAAACUUUGCUGAGGUGGCCAGAAGCAGGGAUGUAGAGGUACUAGAGGGAAAACCCAUCUAUGUUGAUUGUUUUGGCAACCUGGUGCCAUUAACCAAGAGUGGCCAACAUCAUAUCUUCAGUUUUUUUGCCUUCAAAGAAAACCGACUUCCUCUCUUUGUCAAGGUACGCGACACGACUCAGGAACCUUGCGGGCGACUAUCAUUUAUGAAAGAGCCAAAAUCCACAAGAGGCCUGGUGCAUCAAGCUAUUUGCAACUUAAACAUCACCCUGCCAAUUUAUACAAAGGAAUCAGAGUCAGAUCAAGAACAGGAAGAAGAGAUCGAUAUGACAUCAGAAAAAAAUGAUGAGACAGAAUCUACAGAAACAUCUGUCCUGAAAAGUCACCUGGUUAAUGAAGUUCCUGUCCUAGCCAGUCCGGACUUGCUCUCUGAAGUUUCUGAGAUGAAACAAGAUUUGAUCAAAAUGACCGCCAUCUUGACCACAGAUGUAUCUGAUAGGGCAGGUUCUAUCAAAGUGAAGGAGCUGGUGAAGGCUGCUGAGGAAGAGCCAGGAGAGCCUUUUGAAAUUGUUGAAAGAGUUAAAGAGGACUUAGAGAAAGUGAAUGAAAUCCUGAGAAGUGGAACCUGCGCGAGAGAUGAAGGCAGUGUGCCGAGGUCUCAGUCGGAGAAAGAAUUAGAGGAAGAGGAGUGGGUGAUUGUCAGUGAUGAGGAAAUAGAGGAGGCUAAGCAAAAAGCACCUUUAGAAAUCACCGAAUACCCAUGCGUAGAAGUUAGAAUAGAUAAAGAGCGCAACAUCAAAGUAGAGAAAGACUCAACGGGGCUAGUGAACUACCUUACUGAGGAUCUAAAUUCCUAUGUGUCUCCUCAUGAAAAGCCACCGCAGACAGUUCAAGGGAUAGCAGGGGAGAAACGUGACGCUCUGGCUACUGGCAGGAGCUCUGAAAAUGAAGGGAAAGAUGCACCCCCACAUGAGACGCAGAGUGCCCAGAAACAGCACAAACCAAGCCUGGGAAUAAAGAAGCCAGUGAGAAGGAAAUUAAAAGAAAAACAAAAACAAAAAGAGGAAAGUGUACAAGGUAGUGCAGAAAAAGGUGAACUUAAAAAAUGUAGUUCAGAAGAGUCAUUAGAUGAUGAUGCAGGUUUAGCCCCCGAACCCCUCCCCACUGUUAAGGCCACUUCACCUUUGAUAGAAGAGACUCCCAUUGGUUCCAUAAAGGACAAAGUAAAGGCCCUUCAGAAACGAGUGGAAGAUGAACAAAAAGGUCGAAGCAAGUUGCCUGUCAGAGUCAAAGGCAAAGAGGAUGUGCCAAAAAAGAUAACCCACAGGACACAUCCAGCUGCAUCACCCUCUCUGAAGUCAGAGAGGCCCACACCGGCAUCACCCUCUUCUAAAACAGAGAGACACUCUUCUCUUUCCUCCUCUACAAAAACUGAGAAGCACCCUCCGGUAUCACCAUCAAGUAAAGCUGAGAAACACUCACCUGUGUCACCCUCUGCAAAAACUGAAAGGCACUCCCCUGUGUCAUCAAAUAAAACCGAGAAGCACUUGCCUGUGUCACCCUCGACAAAAACUGAAAGGCACUCCCCUGUGUCAUCUACAAAAACAGAAAGACACCCACCUGUUUCACCUUCAGGUAAAAUGGACAAACGCCCACCUGUUUCGCCCUCUGGGAGAAUGGAGAAACAUGCACCAGUAUCACCUGGGAGAACAGAAAAACGCUUGCCUGUGUCAACAGCUGGACGAACGGAAAAGCAUCCACCUGUAUCAGCCUCCGGGAAAACUGAGAAACACUUGCCCGUGUCGCCUUCUGGGAAAACAGAAAAGCAACCACCUGUCUCCCCCACCUCAAAAACAGAACGAAUCGAGGAGACAAUGUCUGUUCGGGAGUUGAUGAAAGCUUUCCAGUCAGGUCAGGACCCCUCUAAACACAAGACUGGACUGUUUGAGCACAAAUCAGCAAAGCAAAAGCAGCCACAAGAGAAAGGCAAAGCUCGGGUAGAAAAAGAAAAGGGGCAGAUGCUAAACCACAGAGAAACACAGAAAACAGAGAGUCAGACAAUCAAACGAGGCCAGAGAUUUGUGGUAACAGGAGUUUCCGAAUCCAAGAGAGCAGUCCGUGCUUCCUCCGUAGGGUUUAAGAGAGAAGAUCUAGUUGUAGAGAAGGAGAAAGCUCUUAGCCACAAAACACCUGAACCUGUUCAGUCAGCACCAGAAGAAGAAAGCCAUAAAGAGAGUAACGUUCCCAAAGAAAAGCUGACUGAUGAACAGGGAGACAUGGACCUCCAGAUCAGCCCAGAUAGGAAAACUUCCACUGACUUUUCUGACGUCAUUAAGCAAGAAUUGGAAGACAAUGACAAAUACCAACAAUUCCGAAGGACUGAGGAGACAGAAGAAGCACAGCUUCACUUAGAUGAGGUACUCACUAGUCCUUUCAACACGACAUUUCCACUAGAUUACAUGAAAGAUGAAUUUCUUCCUGCUCUGUCUUUACAAAGUGGUGCUUUGGAUGGCAGUUCUGAGAGCCUCAAGCCUGAAGGGGUGGCAGGUUCUCCAUGUGGCAGCCUGAUGGAAGGGACCCCUCAGAUUAGUUCAGAAGAAAGCUAUAAGCACGAGGGCCUCGCAGAGACCCCUGAGACAAGCCCAGAAAGCCUUUCUUUCUCACCAAAGAAAAGUGAGGAGCAAAUUGGGGAAAGAAGCGAAACAACCAAGUCAGAAACACCAACAGCAGCUCAUUCAGAAAAAGACCAUCCCUCAAUCAAAGACAUCACUGAUGGUUCUGAAGAACAAGGUGCCAUGGUCACUGAAGGCACAGAGCCCUCAGCUGAGUGUUCACUGAAGGAGGCCACCCCAGACCCUUCCAAAGACACAUGUCCCAGACAAGAGGAUGAUUCCCUUGGCAGCUGUAGUGUGUUACUAGCAAAAGAAACACCCAAAGGAGUGACUGAGGAAGCAUCCUCUGAUGAGGGUCAACUUACGAAUGUUGGUUCUGCCCAGAAGACGCACACUGAUUCUGAAGCUCAGAAAUCUACAACCACUGAGCCCUCAGAUGAGACAAAGGCCUCUCCACUGCUUGAUGCUUUUGUAAACACAGGCACAGGAACUGAAUCAAAGCCCCAGGGAGUUGCCAGAAGUCCCCAAGGGUUAGAACUUGCACUCCCCAGCCGAGACAGUGAGGUCCUCAGCCCUGGUGCCGAUGAAUCAUUUGCAGUGAGCCAUAGAGACUCCUUGGAAGCCAGCCCUGUGCUGGAGGAUAACUCCUCACACAAAACUCCGGAUUCUCUGGAGCCAAGUCCUCUGAAAGAAUCCCCUUGCCGCGACUCUCUAGAAAGCAGCCCGGUAGAACCAAAGACGAAGGCUGGAGUUCUCCCAAGUCACUUCCCUCUUCCUGCAGCCGUAGCCAAAACAGAACUCUUUACGGAGGUGGCCUCUGUGCGGUCCCGGCUGCUCCGAGACCCAGAUGGCAGUGCCGAGGAUGACAGUCUUGAGCAGACGUCAUUGGUAGAGAGCUCUGGGAAGAGCCCCCUCUCUCCAGACACCCCUAGCUCGGAAGAAAUUAGCUAUGAGGUCACACCCAAAGCCACAGAUGCAAGCACACCCAAGCCAGCCGUAAUUCAUGAAUGUGCAGAGGAGGAUGACUUGGAAAAUGGGGACAAAAAGAGAUUCACACCUGAAGAGGAAAUGUUUAAAAUGGUAACCAAAAUCAAAACGUUUGACGAACUUGAACAAGAAGCAAAGCAGAAAAGGGACUACAAGAAAGAACCCAAGCAAGAAGAAUCUUCUUCAUCCUCUGACCCAGAUGCUGACUGUUCAGCAGAUGUGGAUGAACCAAAACAUAUGGAGACUGUAGAGGAUGAAAGCAAUGUCCCUGUGGUAGUAACAUCAGAGAGCAGAAAGGCUUCUUCCUCCUCUGAGAGUGAACCUGAGUUGGCACAGCUGAAAAACGAUGGUGACACAGGCCUCUUACCAGAGCCAGUUAUUCGAGUACAGCCUCCUUCUCCACUUCCAUCCAGUGUAGACUCCAAUUCCAGUCCUGAAGAAGUACAGUUUCAACCCAUUGUUUCUAAACAAUACACUUUCAAAAUGAAUGAGGAUACUCAGGAAGAGUGUGGUAAAUCAGAAGAAGAAAAAGACUGUGAAUCCCAUGUACCUGAAGAGAGUCAUAGUAUUUCUACUAAUGGCCCAGAUAGGUCUUAUGAUGAUCUAAACAGAGAUGCUGAUCAACCAGAAGUCUGUGAGGGCCAUGGGUGUGAGACCAGGAGUCCUAGCAGCUCAGUCACUCCCGUAUCUUCAGGUCUCUACAGCUCCCCUAGGGAGGAUUUCAAUGAGAAUCUAGCUAUCCUUGAGGAAUCAAUACCUCUGCAAGACACUGAUGAAAAAGACACAGAAGGAGAAGAGCUUGAUGCUUCUCCAGUGGCAUCUCUACAAGUAGAUUGCCCCAGUGAAAGCUCUUCGUCUUUGUCCUCCUCCUUGCCUCACUGUCCAGCAUCUGAAGGACAAGAAUUAGAUGAAGACAUAUCUUUUCUAUCUCCUGCUACAAAAAUGGAGGACAUCAAAACUGACCAAGCUUUUGAGAGCUUACCGAAGGACUUUUCCAUGCAAGACUCAUCAAUUACUACUCAAACAGAUAUAUUGUCCAUGGAUGUCCCAGUGUCUGACCCUGCUGAGCCUGAUGAAAUCUACGAUCCUCAAAUAAUAAGCCCUUAUGAAAAUGUUCCUUCCCAAUCUUUUUUCUCCAGUGAAGAAAGCAAAACUCAAACAGAUGCGGGACAUGCAAGUUUUAAGUCUUCGGAAGUGCAUUCUGUUACCAUCACAUCCUCUGUUGAAGACACGGUAGUAAUAAGCUCCUCCAGUACAACUGUUUCAAUCCAAGAAUCUAAUUUUGAGCACCAAAACAUGGAAGAAGAAUCCAAACAAGAAAGCACCUUGUGGGAACAGCGAUCAGAUCAAGCCCCUUCAUCUUUAGAGCCUUCUGUACCAAAUACAUCAGUAGUUGUUAGUGACCAAAUCAGCAAAGUCAUCAUCACAAAAACAGAUGUGGAUUCUGAUUCCUGGAGUGAAAUCCGUGAGGAUGAUGAAGCCUUUGAGGCUCGAGUGAAAGAGGAAGAACAAAAGAUAUUUGGUUUGAUGGUAGACAGACAAUCACAGGGUACCACCCCUGACACUACUCCUGCAAGGACCCCAACUGAGGAGGGGACUCCGACCAGUGAGCAAAACCCAUUUCUCUUUCAGGAAGGAAAAUUGUUUGAGAUGACCCGAAGUGGCGCCAUUGACAUGACCAAAAGGUCCUAUGCCGAUGAAAGUUUUCACUUUUUCCAAAUUGGGCAAGAAUCCAGGGAAGAGACUCUCUCUGAAGACAUGAAGGAAGGGAGUCCUGGGGCUGAGCUCCCACAACGGGAGACAUCAGCUGAGUCACUAGCUCUCUCAGAAUCAAAAGAAACAAUUAGUGAUGAAGCAGACUUACUUCCAGAUGACCUGAGUGAGGAAGUAGAGGAAAAGUCUGCUUCAGAUGCUCAACUCAACACCCACAUGGGGAAUUCAACCUCCACUGAAACAUCAACAGAAGAGGCUCCUUCUGAAGGCGCCAAGGACCUUCCCACCACACAAAUGGAUGACAUGCCUCCUAAGUCUAGUGUGAAAAAGCCAUCUUGCCCUGACUCCCCUGAACCAGUUGUACACGUUCAGUUAGAUUUUUCCACAGUUACCAGGUCCGUGCAUUCAGAUCGGGAUGAUGAUUCUCCUGAUUCUUCCCCAGAGGAACAGAAAUCGGUAAUUGAAAUCCCUACUGCACCCAUGGAGAAUGUGCCUUCUACUGAAAGCAAAUCCAAAAUUCCUGUAAGGACUACACCCACAUCAACCCCAGCAUCUCCAUCUGUGGAGAAUGAGAGUUCCCUUUCUGAAGAUUUUUUACCCAGUCUGGAUGAGGAAAGUAAAGAGGAUGAAACAAAACCAAAGUCUAAAAUCCCCGUGAAAGCACCUGUCCAAAGAGUAGAGCAGCCGCUUUCACAUCUAGAUUCCUCUCUCCAGAAAACAGUGGCUCCUCAGGGUCAGGACAUGACAAGCAGAACACCAGAUAGUAGAAGCAAAUCUGAAUCUGAUACCAGUGCUUUGGACUCAGAGACCAAAUGUCUAGUAAAAACUACAAGUUACACUGAGACAGAAACAGAGAACAGAGAAAGGGCAGAGGAGCUGGAGUUAGAAUCAGAAGAGGGGGCCACCAGACCAAAGAUAUUUACAUCCCGAUUGCCAGUUAAGAGCAAAAGCAACACAUCUUCCUGCAAGGGGGCUGUGAGCCCUACAAAAGAAAGUAAGGAGCAUUUCUUUGACCUUUACAGGAACUCCAUAGAAUUCUUUGAGGAGAUUAGUGAUGAGGCUUCCAAGUUAGUGGAUAGACUUACACAGUCAGAAAGGGAGCAAGAAUUAGUUUCGGAUGAUGAAAGUAGUAGUGCCCUGGAAGUUUCAGUAAUUGAAAAUCUGCCACCUGUUGAGACCGAGCAUUCAAUUCCUGAGGACAUCUUUGACACAAGGCCUAUUUGGGAUGAGUCCAUUGAGACUCUGAUUGAACGCAUCCCUGAUGAAAAUGGCCAUGACCAUGCUGAAGAUCAACAGGAUGAGCAGGAACGGAUCGAGGAAAGGCUGGCUUAUAUUGCUGAUCAUCUUGGCUUCAGCUGGACAGAAUUAGCAAGAGAACUGGAUUUCACUGAGGAGCAGAUUCAUCAAAUCCGAAUUGAGAACCCUAACUCCCUGCAAGACCAGAGCCAUGCACUAUUGAAGUACUGGCUGGAAAGGGAUGGGAGGCAGGCUACAGAUACCAGUCUCAUUGAAUGCCUCACUAAGAUCAACCGAAUGGAUAUCGUUCAUCUCAUGGAGGCCAGCACAGAGCCUCUCCAGGAGCGCAUCAGUCAUAGCUAUGCAGAAAUCGAACAGACAAUUGCACUGGAUCAUAGUGAAGGGUUCUCAGCCCUUCAGGAGGACCUAUGCACCACACAGCACAAGCAGAAAGAGGAGCGAGCUGCUUCUAAAGAGAGCGAGUCCUGCGAGCACCCUCCCAUUGUCUCAGAGGAAGACAUUUCUGUCGGUUAUUCCACUUUUCAGGAUUGCAUCCCCAAAGUGGAGGGGGACAGCUCAGCCACAGAUCUCUUUCCCCAGACUCACAGGGAGCCAGCCCAACAGGAUUUCUCAGGGAAAAUGCAAGACCUGCCUGAAGAGUCCUCUCUCGAGUGUCAGCAGGAGUACUUUGUGACAACCCCAGGGACAGAAGUGUCAGAGACUCAAAAGGCCACGGCUGUAUCUGGCUCUCCCAGCAAGACCCCUGAGGAAAUUAGGACCCCUCCUGAGGAGGAGAGGCCAUACCUCCAGACCCCAACAUCUAGUGAGCGGGGAGACUCUCCCAUCAUACAAGAACCUGAAGAAGCCCCAGAACAUGGGGAGGAGAGUUCUCAGAAAACCAGCCUGGUGAUUGUGGAGUCCACUAAUGACCAGCCCCAGGAUCUUGAAAGGCUCGAUGAAGAUGAAGCUUUCCAUAAGGGAGAUGAUAUGCCUGACAUACCCCCGGAAACAGUCACAGAAGAAGAAUACAUUGAUGAGCAUGGACAUACUGUGGUCAAGAAGGUCACUAGGAAAGUCAUUAGGCGGUAUGUGUCCUCUGAUGGCACAGAGAAAGAGGAGGUUACGAUGCAGGGAACACACCAGGGACCCAUCAGCAUUGAGGAAGGAGAUAGCUAUUCCAAAGUCUUGAAACGCAUUGUAUUAAAGAGUGACACCGAACAGUCAGAGGUAACUUUGUCUGAGCCCAGCAUUUUGUCCAGUACCUCACAAUUUCAGGCUGAACCAGUGGAAGGCCGUAGAGUCAGCAAAGUUGUUAAAACAACUAUGGUACAUGGAGAGAGGAUGGAGAAACAUCUGGGUGAUUCUAGUUUAGCCACCGAUCUUCCUUCAGCCAAAGAUGACUUUGAAGAGGACAACAAUGAGUAAAGCCAGCACACAGAAGAGGGCUGUGGUGAAGGACCAGCAUGGAAAACGCAUUUACUUGGAGCACCUGGAGGAUGUACCAGAAGCACUAGACCAAGAUGACCUCCAGCGCGACCUCCAGCAACUCCUUCGGCAUUUCUGCAAGGAGGACUCGAAGCAAGAGGCCAAAUGAGGGGCUGCCCAGUCCUCACACCAGAAACCACGCAUUCACUCAAUAUGCAACUUCCCGUUUCAUUAGCAGAGUGACCUCCCUAGCCUAAUGGGAUACCCUGACACUUCCACUUUUAGCAAAUACACACCGCAUUCUGUUUCAGUUUUUCCCCGUCCUCUUUAACUGUAAGCUGAUUUGUGACCAAAGAUAGCAUCCUUCAGUCUGGAUGCUGUAUCCACUACUUUGUUGUGUCUGUGCUAAACUGGGAACUGGCCACCUCCAUCGUUCUUUGCUCCUACACAAGCUCCACGAAAAUCCAUCGAUCAGAAGAACUUCACCUACAGACCUCUUCAAGUGAUGAUGUCCGGGAGUCCUUCCGAGGGAUAUCCUUGUACCAUGUAUAUAGCUCAAAUGCUCAGAUGAACAACAUACUAAAAUUAAAACCACUGCCUAUCAUAACUACACUGGGCAUCAUGGAAUAAAAGGCCUCUAGAAAUUGCUGAACAAUGGUCAAUUACCAUAUUGCUAACACAAUCAAGUGAUAAUACAGUUUGACUGCAAAAGCAGCCCUUCAGACCUACCACGUCCUUAGAACUUCCAGAGUAGCCGUUGCUCCUAGUAAAAGAUGGUUAAUAACCUCAAGGACUAUCCUAACUAAGCACUUACUGCUGGUGCUGGCCAGCCUUGGUUUAUGAUUCCCCAACGGCCACACGAGGGAGGGGAGAAGGGGAGCAGAAGGCAAAAGGAAAGAAACAGUGAGGUAUUCAGCGGCUAGCCACCACAUCCUGUGGCAUUCUAGCAUCUUCAGGUCUUUUAGAUUUUGGACACAUUGGCAGGGUAUUUUAAAAGCUAUAACUACUGUAGUUUUCCAGUUUUCAUUGCUGCUUUAGCAAACCACGCUGUCUUAUUGGUGGUACUUUCUCCUGGCCACUGCACUGUAGAUAAUCCAUUGGAAACAAGAUUUACCCCCUACGCAAAAGGUUAAACUCCUUCACCGUGUUGGAGUGGUUUUCUUUCCCCCCUCUGGGUUUAUAUCUUCUCCAAUACCUGCAUGUAGCAUUUAAAAAUCGAAACCACAGUCAAAACUCCUCUUCUAAUCACACUGAUGGUUUUCAUUCUUUUGACCCUGAGCAAGCACUUUUCACUCUUCUGCUGGGUCUGUUUUUUAGCUUGCAGACAAGGUUGAGAAAUCCUUACAAAUUUGGUUUUGGUUAAAAUUUUUGAUUUAUUUAUUUGAAAUCCAAACUCCCUUGGAAACUCUUAAGUGCAUUUGUGCACUUUUUUGUUUGUUUCAGACAAGGAACUUUAAUCAUCUGAGUGAUUUCCAUGUCCUAUUCCUUAUUCCUCUAGUGGUUGAAGCUGUGUAGCAUUUUAACAUAUAUAUAUAUUCACAAAUAUAUUCAUAUAAACAGUAUACAUUUCGAAUCAGUUAUUUGUUAAAGAAAAGUAUAUUCAAUGAAGAUGAAAUUUUAAAAAAAAGUCUAUCCUCCAGGGAUUGAACAUUUUCCAAUUCUAUCUGGUCUUUUCCUGUUGUGCAAAAAUGACUCAUUGCUCCGAAAGUCAAAAACAAAUGUGACAAACAAUGGCACUUCAUCAUUUCAAGUAAUGUUGCCAAGGGAGAAAAUUUCCUGGGAGGGAGGUUUCCCACAAGCCAAAUCUCUUAAAGCCUCAAAUGCUAGCACUUUCUGGCAGUCGGAUAGGAAAUAAAGCUUUCUUUGGCAGCCAAAAUGAGAGAGGCUCAAUGGUGAAACUUUUUGAGACACACCAUGGCCCUCUUGUCAAAACCUUCACUGGAGCUCAAGAAAAGCAUUUCUGUUGUGUUCUUUGCAGUGCAGAUGACGUCUGUGAAACAACAUAAUGGUUAUUCACCUUUUUUUGAUUUUUGAUUUUUGCUGUGUAAUCAAAAAACUUGAAUACUGUGAGAAGAAGUGAAUUUUCAGUUGAUGAAUCAGCAUCUUGUUCCCAUGGUGAUAACACUAAUUGAAUAUAUCUAUGAGGGCAUGUAUUAGUUAAUGGAAAAAAAAUACAACACUAACAAUACAUAGCUGCAAUGUGUACAAUGGCUGAUUUAAUUAAAUAAAAUGUACAAGUGUUA